UUUUUUUGCUACCACAUCGCCAAGCCACUAAAACACACUAACACAUCUUGCUUCGCAGCUAUUGGGUACCCAUCAUGCAGCCGUCAGCCUGCAAGAGAAUGAGGACCGUCUCCUAUCGUUUCGUGCUUUUUUUCUGGUGUUUGUGUAGCAUUGGAUCCACCUCUGCUGCGUUUCGUCUCAACCCCUAUCCAGCGCCCUUUGACCGAAGAACGUGUGCUGCUGCGCCUCUGGCAGAUGGUACUCUUCAAGAUCAGCCAUCCAAAGAACACGGACAGAGGCGAUGGAGAAUCCUUCCUCCUUUCAACAAACGAUCCAGCCACACCACGAAGAUCACUGCCCCAAAAAGCUGGGUUCGUCCCACGACCACUCGACUCCGCGGUGGCGCCACCGUCCUCCUAACAACCACCAAUCCUGCCUUGUCGGUUUGGUUGGGUCCAGCACUCGCUUGUGCCCUCGCCUAUGCGCUCUACAAUCUAUUUAUCAAAAAGGCGUCCUCGUCCAUGGAUCCCAUUUUGGGAGGUGUCCUACUCCAAAUUGUAGCAGCGGCACUGGGAGCGACCUUGUUGGGCGUCCAACAGCUGAAAAAAGACGGCGCUACUCUCCAACUCAGUCGCAUCGGAGUAACAUGGGCCAUUGCGGCGGGGGCGGCCGUGGGAGCGGCCGAAAUCUUGUCCUUUAUCAUUAGCAGUCUGGGAGUGCCUGCCUCCAAGAGCAUUCCUACCGUUAUCGGUGGCAGUGUGGUCAUUGGCACUCUCUUGGGUGCCGUAUGGCUGGGAGAACGACUCACGCGACGAGGGUGGUUGGGAAUUGUCAUGAUUGCCGCAGGGAUUGCCUUGGUGGGGAUUGAUCCUGGGGCAUCGUCGUUGCAUUGAAUUGAAAAAUGUCAAUGUGGAGUGGUGGAGGAACAGGACCUUACCAGGCUAUCGAGGUGCGCAGAGAAAGGCAAUUGCCGCAUUGCAUGCAAAGCAGCUCUUGAUGUGUUUUGCCGUCUGAUGGAGAGAGGAUUGAUCCCACAUUCCCUGAUAUGCCAUGAUCGCUGCAUGUACUAGUAGCUAUCUGACAAGACAACAUGUGUGUAUGUAUUAUUAUUUCGCCUCUGGUUGCGCUGUUUGUCAUAGCCACCAUUACUGCUGCUACCUUGUCUCUUCGUGUCACUGUUUGGCUUCAAGGUGUCCCAUCGGCUGCUCAUGCUAACAACAGCUCCUGGUAGCUAGCUACCGGUAGUUGGGUACGGGUAUACUACAAAGGUAGGCAACCGUACUAGAUAAUCUACCUCCUCUAAACCCCCGUUAGGCAGCAUCCAACUAUUAAUAGCUAGAUUGAAGAAUAUCUACAUGCCCAG